AUGGAUGUGUCAAUUUCAGUCUCAGCUCCUGGAAAGCUCAUCAUGUUUGGUGAACAUGCUGUUGUCUAUGGAAAAGUUAUUUUACUUAAUCACAUCAACAAACAGAAAGCACUUGCAACAAGUUUGGCCAUGAAAUGUAACUUAUAUGUUAAAAAAGUUCAAGAAGAAAUCAUUAGAAUUAAACUGUUUGAUUUUGGUCAGUCCUAUGAAUGGCCUCUUAAUCAUUUGGCCAGUAAAAUUAAUUGUUUAAUCUUUAAAUUUAAUGACCUCUCCAGAGCUUUGGUAGGUUUUGAAAUGGCAGUUGAAUCAAGAUUGCCCAUAGGAGCGGGUCUGGGCAGUUCGGCGGCCUUCAAUGUCUCCCUCACCGCUGCUUUGCUUGUCCUACGAGGAAAAAUAAGAUUGCCCGAAAUAAAUGACUCCAACCAUCGUGAUGUUCCUACAAAAGUUCAACUGUCAAGGAGUGACCUCCAGCUUAUAAAUAAAUGGUCCUUUCUUGCUGAGAAGAUCAUUCAUGGCACACCUUCUGGAAUUGAUAACUCUGUGGCCACGUAUGGUUUGUCAUGA